CGCGGGGCCCCCUCCUCCUCCCUGUCAGGUCCGCUCUCGAGCGCGGGGCUCUGCUGAGUGCGCCGCCCGCUCCGCUCCUGCGGUCCUGCUGGGGCGCCGCAGCAGCGGGGUCGGCCCACCGCGGACAAGGUCAGGAGUCUGGGCGGCGAUGUCCGAGUGCGACCGGAGGCAGCGGCGCGGAGGCGACAGCCGUGGGGUUCUGUCCCUCCUGACCGGAGAGCGGGAGCGGGGCAGGCGCCGCUGAGGAGGAAGAGGAGGCGGAGGAGGAGACCAGAGGCGGCGGCGGCGAGCUUCUCGCCGGAGGAAUCCUCUCAAGAGCGUCGCUGUCCGCUCCCGUCACGCAGCCCCGCCGGGCAGGGGCGCCGGGCGGGAUGGAGCCGGGGGGCCAGGCCCGCACUGGCGCCCCUCAGCCGGCCGCCUCGGGGCUGUGGAGGGCUCGACCCGCGGGCGGCGGCGGCUGCGGAGGCUGCGGCGCCUGCUCUUCCUGGCUGUUGGACAGGAGCAGCUGGCUGCUGAGCUACGGCUUCCUCUACCUGGCGCUCUACGCGCAGGUGUCCCAGUCCAAGCCCUGCGAGAAGACCGGCUCCUGCUUCUCGGGCCGCUGCGUCAACUCCACCUGCCUCUGCGACCCGGGCUGGGUGGGGGACCAGUGCCAGCACUGCCAGGGCAGGUUCAAAUUAACAGAACCUUCUGGAUAUUUAACAGAUGGGCCAAUUAACUAUAAGUAUAAAACUAAGUGUACAUGGCUAAUUGAAGGCUAUCCAAAUGCAGUGUUAAGGUUGAGAUUCAAUCAUUUUGCUACAGAAUGUAGCUGGGAUCAUAUGUAUGUUUAUGAUGGAGAUUCAAUAUAUGCACCUUUAAUAGCUGUACUUAGUGGUUUGAUAGUCCCUGAAGUAAGGGGAAAUGAAACUGUGCCUGAAGUUGUUACAACAUCUGGCUAUGCACUGUUACACUUUUUUAGUGAUGCUGCAUAUAAUCUAACUGGUUUCAACAUUUUCUAUUCAAUCAAUUCUUGUCCUAAUAAUUGCUCUGGUCAUGGGAAGUGUACAACUAGUGUCUCUGUGUCAAGUCAAGUAUAUUGUGAAUGUGAUAAAUACUGGAAGGGUGAAGCUUGUGAUAUUCCUUACUGUAAAGCCAAUUGUGGCAGUCCAGAUCAUGGUUACUGUGACUUAACAGGAGAAAAACUGUGUGUCUGCAAUGACAGUUGGCAAGGUCCUGACUGCUCUUUGAAUGUUCCUUCUACUGAAUCUUACUGGAUUCUUCCAAAUGUUAAACCUUUCAGUCCUUCAGUAGGCCGGGCUUCACACAAAGCAGUUUUACAUGGAAAAUUUAUGUGGGUGAUUGGUGGAUAUACUUUUAAUUACAGCUCUUUUCAAAUGGUCCUGAAUUACAAUUUAGAAAGCAGUAUAUGGAAUGUAGGAACUGUAUCCAGAGGACCUCUCCAGAGAUAUGGACAUUCUCUUGCUUUGUAUCAGGAAAACAUCUUUAUGUAUGGAGGCAGAAUUGAAACAAAUCAUGGAAAUGUUACAGAUGAAUUAUGGGUUUUUAACAUACAUAGUCAAUCAUGGAGCACAAAGACUCCUACUGUCCUUGGACAUGGUCAGCAGUACGCUGUGGAAGGACAUUCAGCGCAUAUCAUGGAGUUGGAUAGUAAAGAUGUUGUUAUGAUCAUAAUAUUUGGAUAUUCUGCAAUAUAUGGUUAUACAAGCAGCAUACAGGAAUACCAUAUCUCAUCAAACACUUGGCUUGUUCCAGAAACUAAAGGAGCUAUUGUGCAAGGUGGAUAUGGCCACACAAGUGUAUAUGAUGAAAUAACGAAGUCCAUUUAUGUUCAUGGAGGCUAUAAAGCAUUGCCAGGCAAUAAAUAUGGAUUGGUAGAUGAUCUUUAUAAGUAUGAAGUUAACACAAAGACUUGGACUAUUUUGAAAGAAAGUGGGUUUGCCAGAUACCUUCAUUCAGCUGUUCUUAUCAAUGGAGCUAUGCUUAUUUUUGGAGGAAAUACCCAUAAUGACACUUCCUUGAGUAACGGUGCAAAAUGUUUUUCUGCCGAUUUCCUGGCAUAUGACAUAGCUUGCAAUGAGUGGAAAACAUUGCCAAAACCAAAUCUUCAUAGAGAUGUCAACAGAUUUGGACAUUCUGCAGUAGUCAUUAAUGGGUCUAUGUAUAUAUUUGGAGGAUUUUCUAGUGUACUCCUUAAUGAUAUCCUUGUGUAUAAGCCUGCAAAUUGCAAGGCCUUUAGAGAUGAAGAACUUUGUAAAAAUGCUGGUCCAGGCAUAAAAUGUGUUUGGAAUAAAAAUCACUGUGAAUCUUGGGAAUCUGGUAAUACAAAUAAUAUUCUUAGAGCCAAAUGCCCUCCCAAAACAGCUAUUUCUGAUGACAGAUGUUACAGAUAUGCAGAUUGUGCUAGUUGUACAGCCAAUACAAAUGGGUGCCAAUGGUGUGAUGACAAGAAAUGCAUUUCUGCAAAUAGUAACUGCAGCAUGUCUGUCAGAAACUACACCAAAUGUCAUGUAAGAAAUGAGCAGAUUUGCAAUAAACUUACCAGCUGUAAAAGCUGUUCAUUAAACUUGAAUUGUCAGUGGGAUCAACGACAACAAGAAUGUCAAGCUUUGCCAGCUCAUCUUUGUGGAGAAGGAUGGAAUCAUAUAGGGGAUGCUUGCCUGAGAAUCAAUUCUAGUAGAGAAAGCUAUGACAAUGCAAAACUUUAUUGCUAUAACCUUAGUGGAAAUCUUGCUUCAUUAACAACUUCAAAAGAAGUAGAGUUUGUUUUGGAUGAAAUACAGAAGUAUACGCAACAGAAAGUAUCACCUUGGGUAGGCUUGCGCAAGAUCAAUAUAUCCUACUGGGGUUGGGAGGACAUGUCUCCUUUCACAAAUACAACAUUACAGUGGCUUCCUGGUGAACCAAAUGAUUCUGGGUUCUGCGCAUAUCUAGAAAGGGCUGCAGUGGCAGGCUUAAAGGCAAAUCCUUGUACAUCUAUGGCAGAUGGCCUUGUCUGUGAAAAACCUGUUGUUAGUCCAAAUCAAAAUGCAAGGCCUUGCAAAAAACCAUGCUCUCUAAGGACUUCGUGUUCCAACUGUACAAGCAAUGGCAUGGAGUGUAUGUGGUGCAGUAGUACAAAGCGAUGUGUUGACUCUAAUGCUUACAUAAUAUCGUUUCCAUAUGGACAGUGUCUAGAAUGGCAAACUGCCACCUGCUCUCCUCAGAAUUGUUCUGGAUUGAGAACAUGUGGACAGUGUUUGGAACAUCCUGGAUGUGGCUGGUGCAAUGAUCCUAGUAAUACAGGAAGAGGACACUGCAUUGAAGGGUCUUCAAGAGGACCAAUGAAACUUAGUGGAAUACACAGUGAGAUGACUCUUGAUACUAAUCUGUGCCCUAAAGAAAAGAACUAUGAAUGGUCAUUUAUUCAAUGUCCAGCUUGCCAGUGUAAUGGACAUAGCACUUGCAUCAAUAAUAAUGUGUGCGAACAGUGUAAAAACCUAACUACAGGGAAACAGUGUCAAGACUGCAUGCCAGGUUAUUAUGGAGAUCCAACCAAUGGAGGACAGUGUACAGCUUGUACAUGCAGUGGUCAUGCAAAUAUUUGUCAUUUGCACACUGGAAAGUGUUUCUGUACAACCAAAGGCAUAAAGGGAGAUCAAUGCCAAUUAUGUGACUCUGAAAAUCGUUAUGUUGGUAAUCCACUUAGAGGAACAUGUUAUUACAGCCUUUUGAUUGAUUAUCAGUUUACCUUUAGCUUAUUACAGGAAGAUGAUCGCCACCACACUGCCAUCAAUUUCAUUGCCAAUCCAGAACAGUCAAACAAAAAUUUGGAUAUUUCAAUUAAUGCAUCAAACAACUUUAAUCUCAACAUUACAUGGUCAGUUGGCUCAACAGCUGGAACCAUAUCUGGGGAAGAGACUCCUAUAAUUUCCCGGACUAAUAUAAAAGAAUACAGAGAUAGUUUCUCUUAUGAAAAGUUUAACUUCAGAAGCAAUCCUAACAUUACAUUUUAUGUGUAUGUCAGCAACUUUUCCUGGCCUAUUAAAAUACAGAUUGCGUUUUCACAACACAAUACAAUCAUGGAUCUUGUGCAGUUUUUUGUCACCUUCUUCAGUUGCUUUUUGUCUUUAUUAUUGGUGGCUGCUGUAGUAUGGAAGAUCAAACAAACCUGUUGGGCUUCUCGACGGAGAGAGCAACUGCUCCGAGAAAGACAGCAGAUGGCCAGCCGACCCUUUGCUUCUGUUGAUGUAGCCCUGGAAGUGGGAGCUGAACAAGCGGACUUUCUGAGAGGGCCAUUAGAGGGGGCUCCCAAGCCCAUCGCCAUCGAGCCGUGUGCUGGGAACAGAGCUGCUGUUCUGACUGUGUUUCUUUGUCUACCGAGAGGAUCCUCAGGUGCCCCACCCCCCGGGCAGUCAGAUCUGGUGCAAAGAUGGAUGAAGAUACCCUGUGAUGCUUUACAAAUCGGCCUUUCCGGUGGCUGUCUCUUAACAGGCUUGGCGUACCUUUAUCACUCAAAGAUGCUCAUGAAAGACUUUCAGGACUGCUCAGAAAGUGGCAGAAGCCAGAGGACAAGUAUGUUCAAAAGGAGAGGGAGUAUUCUAAGCAGAAUUAACAGCAAUUGUCUUUUCUCUCAAUACAUUUUUUAAAUGUAAAUAUUCUCCAUCUAUGUUGAUCUCGCCUCACAUUCGUUCUGCUUUGGUGGCCUCAUUCACCCUAAUUCAGAGAAUACUAGCCCCCAGAUGUACAUAUCCGCAUCAAUCACAGCCCAGAAGUAGGGUUGGCACCAGAAGACAGUACUUACUAACGGUGCUGAAACAUUUUUUGUGAUUAUCUGACCAAAAUGGUUUAAGAAAGAGUGUGCCUUUGCCACUCUCACUUCUCACCUGCCACCUACACAUCAAUGAUGAGGACAACUCGGGAAGCUGGUUGAAGAUGGCAGAGGUAGCAAAGUGUCUUCAAUCUGAGUCCCUGAGUAACACACACAUAGGACGUGUUUCUCUUCCCAUCCCUGCCACACAACCUGACACCAAUCUAUAUGAGACAUUAAACAGUGUGAAAAAUUAAUUUCUGUUUUGUUAAACCAGUGAUAGUUUAGGUUUUUAACUACUGCAGUAGUUACAUUACCCAUCUACACAAAGUCUUCUGAUUCCAUCCAUGCAAAUAUCUCCCAGUUCUUUGCCUCUGGAAUAGACUUCAUUUUGCAGCUUCACACCUGUAUAUCCAACUACACAGCUGUAAGACGUGCAAAAGUCAGUGAACUCACAAUGUCUAGAAAUAAAAUAUUGAGCCACUGCCUCCCCACAUACCUUGGUUCUUCCUUUGCCGGUGAAUAAUAUUGGUGUGCAUCAUUGUACCCAAGCAGGGAAAUAAGAAUUGUUUCAUAUUCCACUCUAUUUUCAUCCCCUAUAAUAGUUUCUCCUAAAUACCUGUACUGUGUACCUCUUUUCUCUCUCUCAUUAUUACUGCCUUCUUAACUGACUUAGUAAUAGUAUCUCACCUCCUACUCCUGCCUGUCUUCUAUGCUACCACUAGAGGUUUCUCUUUGAAAUAAAAAUCUGAUCAUGCCUCUCUAAAUUCAUUUCAUUUCAUGGCUCUUGGAGAAAGAUUAAAUCAAGAUUUAAAAUCGAUGUUCUAGUUUGGCCCAUAAGGUUGUUCUAUGGAUCCUUUCCUGUCUAGCUCUCUAUCAUCUCUCGCAGACUCUUACUAUUCCACUCAUAGCAUGUCCUGAAUUUUCCAAAAUACGUUUUUGCUGUUGAAUUUGUGAGUUUCUCCUGUCCAAAAUACACCACGCUCUCCUGCCACUGUUGGUCCGACUAGUUCCUUAUCAUUCAAACCUCAACUCAAACUGGGCAUGAAUAUCUACACCUUUACUCCCCGUUAGAGGUGAGUAGCUGAGGAGAAUUUAUCGCAAAUUGAAGUCCUGCUUCAUCAAUUUAGUGAGACCCUGUUUCAAAGUAAAAAGAAAAAGAGCUGCAUAUGUAGUUUAGAGAGGCCUGGAAUUCAAUCUCCAGCAUUACAAACCAACAAAACAAAACCUUUAGAUCAGAGAUUAUCUCCUUUGAGGAUAUUCAAUUUUGAUAUCCCUAUCUUUCUUUCCCUGGUGCUCAGUGCCUACAUCACAGGAUUUGUUGUGUUUGUGCAAUCAUUAGCAAAUCUGGGAGCUUUUGGUUCUUUGCUUUAAGUUAAUAUUUUUAAAAAACAAUUACUGCCCAUGAUAUGCCCUCAACGCAUGUUAAUCAGUUUGACCUGUACUGUCAUCCACUUCUAUUGGCAGACAAUGAUACAACAAUGCAUAUAUAAUCCUGAGGGUGAUGGCUAGCUUAGCGCAGGCUUUUAAUCAGUGUUAGCAGCACAGUGGUUGUCUAUUAUUGUUGCUGUUUGUAAUACCUUCAAGUUAAUCCAUUCCUUUAACCAUACUAAUUUCAUAUCGUUAUGUGUUUCUCUUUUUCGUUUUGACUUGAACUCCUUCAGAAGACAUUUUUGCCCAGUCCUCUGUUUCCUUCCUAUGACUCUGGCCACAAAGUGAGCAGAGUAUGGCUAGGGGGCCUGGAUCCCGUAGUUCGGGUCCCCUCACUGCCACAGCUGAAUGUGAGCUGAAUGAGGCAUUUACUGGGCUUGUGCCUCAUUGCGGCCAUUUGUGAAAGCCAGUGUAAAAAUAGCUUGCUGACCCACUAAAAGAGAGUAGUUUUGAGGACCAGCCUAGAAAAUGAAUGAAAAAGUUAUUUUGUUUAUACUCAAAAGUAGGUAGAAGUUAUUCAUUGUUAUUUUUCAAUAGCACAAACAUGCUUACUCAGCAGAAAUGGUUACUUCCUCUAUUUUGUUAUCACUUUCUACAUUUUCACAUUCCCUAUUGCGUGGGCAACAGGUAAGUCAUGAAUACCUUCCUAAGCUCAUUCUUUCUGCUUUGAGAACAAACGCUUUAUUACCUCCAUUGUUGCCUGAAUCAUUGCCUGUGACUUUUGGAGUCUAUCUUCUUUGUCAAUUUCCCCUCUAUUUGACAUUCCAAUCAGAAUAGCUAUACUGGUUUUGGAAUGAGUGAGUGAAUCAUUGCUACUACAAGAAUUAGGAACUCUUCCAGUGCUAGCAUUUUGUCUGCACUUCCUAUUUGGCUUCAGGCUUUUCAGAUAAUAAGGAGAAGAGGAAGAGAAAGAGGAGGCAACAACAAUGACAUUUUUGGGCUUUUAUGUGCCAGCACCUUUCUAUGUCUUUUGCAUUUUAUUUCCACCUUAACUCUGUGAAAAGAAUACAUGUGACUCAUACACUCUGAUGCAAGCUCUGUGAGGGGCAGGGGCUUCUAUAUUUUGUCUGUCUCAUUCACUGUUAAAUCUUUAGUAUAGAGCAGUGCCUGUUUUAUAGUAGGCACUCAAGAAGAUAUUCAUUGAUUUUACUCUUCAAACAACUGUUGGAUUUUUAGAAUGUUGGAGUUUUCUGGACAUUUACAACUUGCUAAUUAAUUUGGUGCCAUACUUUAUAAAAUAUUUUGCAUGUAUAGCUUUAUUUAAUUUAAAAUUAUCAAAAACGUUUUACUACUCGAACACUAAAAUACAAAUGCAUCAUCAAAUGAAAAGUAAGACACGGACAUUGUGAUUACAUUGCCAUGGUUCAGUUUUGUCAAUGAGUGAUAAGCAUUUAAAUUAAGCUAAGGAUGAUGGGGGCUUAAAAUAAGGGGUGAUCACAUAUUGAAAUUGUUGUUUGUAACUGGAAAAAGAAAAGACUAGAAUAUAUUUUCCCAGUAGAUCUUGAAAGAGUGAAUUUUCAUUGAAUUCCAGAUUUAUUUACUAACAGAGAAAGGUAGCUGUAAGACUAAUUCUUAUAAAUGUGUGUGGGUCUUUUAUAAAGGCAGCAAAUAUUUUAAUGAACCAGGGAAAAUUUCAUAAUAUGUAAUUAAAAUUAGAACCAAUGAGGUCUAAAAGAAGCCUCACUUGCUAAAAACCAUAGGAUUUGCAUUAAACAAUGAUUUGAGACAGUAAUGACCAUGAUUUACUCAUGACACCCCAACAAUGAGGGGUGGUCAAUGCAGAAUUGAGAGAGUGCUAGCAGGCUUACAGAAAGUGUUGGGCAAGAAAUCUGUGGUGCUAGAGUAGGAUUAUAUUUUUUACAUCUUGAACAAUAUGUCUUUAAAUGCAACUGUAAAUAUUGCGGUGAGUUAAAGGCCAAAUGAAAUUUUAUAAUCAGAAUAAAAUGAUUAUUUGUAUUUAAACAGGCAUCUGUAGUCAUCACUGGUUUGUAGUAGGUGAGGGGAAACAUUGUUUAAACUCUCAGACACAUAUGAAUAGUCCAUUUGUCACUCCACUGUCUUUAGCAUUUGAAGUAUUUCAAUUUUUAUUCAACAGUGUAACCUUUGGAGUUUUGCCUAAUAAUGACUUCAGUUGUGCUGGUCUUCCAACAGAUAAAUUGAAAUGGAAAUGCAUAUUUCCUAAUUAUGCAUCCAGCCCUAGUUGCAUAUUGGCAAGAGUGGCCACACUGAAUGUUAAAUUAAGUCUGCCUGAUAGUGAGAGUUUGUGUAACAUCAAAGUUUUCCAAAGUCACUUUCUUAAUCAUGUGAAGGAUAGCCGAGACUCUGAUCAGUAGUAUGUAGCAAUAUACAAUCAGAAGGAAAACAUUUAAACAUCCCAGCAUGGUAUUUCCAUUUAAAUCUGAUUACAGUGAAAUAAAACUGUAGCCAUUACAGGUUUAGAAGAACUACAAAUACAAGCAGUAAAAGAAGACAGAUAGUAAAUGAGGUAGUAAAACAUUUCAGUGGGGCAAACAGUUUAUAGCACUCAUUCAGUCUUCCCGAAGCAGACUGUGCAAUUCACUACAGACCCUGCACCCGUUCCCUGAACUCCACUUAAACCUGCAAUUAACCUUUCACGCCUAAUGAAGCUGUUUUCCUGGAAAAUUAAAAUAUAUAGUUGUGCCUGAUUUUACACAGACUUGGGAGGAGAGCAUUGCAAAAUGAAUGACUUUUCUAAGGCUUUUGUUCAAAUGCAAAAUGGAAGUGCUAUGUUUGUAUAUAAAGUAAGAAUGUUUUUUCCAAGGCAAUUUCAUUUGCUGUGCAGUAUUUUAUUACUGUACUUAUUAAUUGUUCUGCAUAAUUGUAAAAAAACACACAUCAGUAAUUUUAUGAUUAGAUUGUUACUGCUAGAGUCUAAUAUUACCACUUCAUUUCCAUUAGGGAAAACUAGAGUUUUACCUACAAUAACUAACUUCCUGAUAUUUCUCCUUGGUGGUUUUUGUUGCAAAUUUAGUGGUCUAGAAAAAGAUCUAUUUACAUUUAAAUAUUUAGCAUUUCAUCAUUUAUAUUGCUUUCACUUUAGGGCAUGUUUGCACAUAUUUAAAGAGAAAAUAUUUAAAUUUUAGAAAAGAAAUAUUGUUUUCUUUAUGAUUACAGGUAAAGGUCUGAUUUUAGUAUGCUCUACUACAAAAUGGUUGGGGCAACUUGGUAUCCAACUCUAUGAUUAUUGAAUUGUGUUCAUUUGCUGAAGGAAAUUCUGAUAGUCCUAAAAAAAAAAAAAAAAUCUGCUUGUUUCAGAUUGGCCCUGCCUACAUGCCCCAGAGCAUCCUGGUCAGGUUCCACAUUGGCAAGCAUCAGUAUGAAGCACCAGAGGCCAAGGGGAAUGGACUAGGAAACAGAAGAUUUCUGUUUCUUCCUUAUGUGGCUUGUACUUCAUAUUUAAAUAAUCUAAAUGUCAUAAUGUCUAGUAUUUAAGAAUUAAAAGUGCAAAGAGGUAAAGCUUAUAAUAAAUAUUCAAGCCUCAACAUUUUUAUUGAAUCUACUGGUAUAUUUUGAUGUAAAUUUUGCUAGCCCACAGCGUUUGUGUAUCAUCUUGACAUGGUAAAUGAAAUUCCUUUAGACCGCCAGUCUAAAAUAAUGAAUUGUUCCCCUAGUUAAUUGUAUUGCUUUGAUAACAAAGAACUAUGCUAGGCCUAGAGAACACAAUAAGUGGAUUUCAUCAGAUGAUUUGUGUGACGUUUUGAAAAAUGAUCUUCUAGAGUGACCUGAUUUUAAUGGAACUCAGCAUGCACCACUGCACAGGAUCUGACUGGGACUUCGACCUAGGGCACAAGGCACACAGGUCAUUUCCAGAAAACUUCCCAUCCAAGAAAACUCCCAAGGAAGUCUAGGCCAGGAAAAAGUGUGCACUGUAAGGGGAACCACAAUGGGCCUGUUUCUACGGUGCUCUUAUUUUAUUGAUGCACAUCUUUUUUUUUUUUUAAUCCGGAAAAGAUCUCAUUACCCUUCUAUCAUUGCCAAUUUGUAAAUAAAUCAAGACCAAUAAAAUAGGAGCAAGCAAAAUAGGAGCAAUUCAUUGAGUGCUUUCUACAGCAAAAGACUGAUCCAUUGUGGUUUGCACUCUGGCAACAGGCAAAGACGGGCAGAGGAGAGGGAAGGCUUUCAGAACCCAACAGGGACACUUCAGACCGGUGGGCUGGAGGGUGCUAGCUUAAGGAGCUGCAUGGACAGGCUGAGUAGAAGUGAUGCAGUCUACAACUGGUUAGAGCUACAGAUUUGCUUUUCUCUAAUUGUCCUAAAUUGGAAGUGGGAAUACCAGAUAGGGAAGCUGUCAGUUAUCUUGACCUUCAGAGGACAAUCUUCAUAGAUUAUUACUAGAAAUAGCAGUUUGAAGUCCUGGUAGUCUGACUUAUAGGACCUUGGCUUCCUGUGCUGGUUUUCGUAGGUAAUGAGUUGAUUUUCCCAGUAUGGUAUUGUAGAUUAUGAAUCAGGCUUCUGUUUCUAUAUGUGGACUAGCCAUGAUCUGUAUCUUUAUUCUCUCACCAGCAUAUAAAUAGUAUGAUUAAGUGUUGGGGAAGUAAUAUUGUCUUCUGGAACGCACACUAAGUUUACUUUUCUUUUUAUCAGUUAAGAAAAUUAGAUCCCUUACAAUAACAAAGUGUGGUGAAGCAAAAUGGCAAAGUUUACUCCCUCCGCAUACCUCAUUUCUCUAAUGCAUCUUCACCACAUGGAACUCAGAAUGGCAGGGACCUUGUUCCUCUGUUUGUUCUUGUAUGCAGGUCCUCUCAUGCUGAAAGAGAACCUAGCGUCUUCUGGCUGUUCCGCUUCAUUCUUUGGGGAAAUUCACCAUGUGCAAAACCUAAAAAUAAUACUUAAAAACUUUAAUUUAAUUUGACAUUCAAAGUAUAUGCAUGCACUCAUAUACUUGGAGUUACUAUACUCAAGGUAGAUAUACAAAUGUAGGUGUACACACAAAAGUUUUAUGUUUCUGUAUCAUUCAUAAUUAAAUUCUAAGAUUUAUAAAGUUGAAUAAUUCAUACUGGGUUAUAAGCUAUGUCAUCUAGUAGAGGACUCAAGUUAACUCUGAAUGAAAUUGUCAUUACCCCCUUUGUAAGAUCUUGGACAAGAGACCCCAAGUGUUCUCUGUGAGCUCACAGAGUACACACUGAAAUGUCAUUGCCUGGAAGAAUGCAAGGUUUCCCAACCCAGUUACUGCCUUUCAAGGAGAACCUGAAAACACGGUUGAUUGUUAGAUUUUCAUAGGAGAAGAAAAAAAGCUGUUAAAUUAAGCAUGAUUUGUUGAUUUAUUUGUAAGUUAAGAACUGACAUAUGGUUUUUUUUUUUUUCAACUAAAUGUGUUUCCAAGCUUCAAAAGCAGUAGUAAACCCAAGAUAUGUUGGAAGAGAGAGUUGAAUUAAGCAUUGAACGUCAUAUAUCUUAAAAUACAAAGAUAGGUGACAGUUUUAAACUAGUAUAGAAUUCCCCACUUUGGCAAUCCAAAUGGUUUGAUUCUCUUCUGGCUCUAUGUCUUCUGUUAGGAUAACAUUUGCAGCCACAUGUGAAAGGAAAAUAUUAUUUUUCAGAGCUCCUUUGGACUAGGUCAUGCAGUAGUUUAAUGAACAACAUGAUUUCAUGUUUGAAUGGUGUGAUCAUCGAAAUUAGUUUAAGUGGUCUCUGUCACAUUAAAGAAGACAUAUAUUAUUUGUCAUAGUUGGCUGUCUCUAGAUAAAAUGGUGCCAGGAAUGAAAUUACGGGAAGUUGUAGAUGAUGACAGAAAUAUUCCAAGAGAUUUGUGGAAAUGUUUUCAGUUAGCAUAAUCACUGUCUGUGCUUUUUUUAAUGAAUGCCCUUCACCUCCACCUAGUAAAGAAGUAAGAAAAUAAUUAUUUGAUACAGAAGGAUGAGACGAAAACUUCUGUAUCGGAUACUUCAGAUGCUCACAUGAGUUUGUAAAAGAUCAAGAAUGUAAUUUUUAUUUAAACCUUAAAUGUGCAGUGUUUCUAAGAAAUUCAGGAUAACAUUUAAUACCUUGAAAGAGAAGGAUGCUUGACAGCAGGCCUCAAGGGUAAAUGUGUAUUAUUAGUCUUAGUAAUGAUUAUUGCAAUUUUUCAAUCCCUUUCCUCUCUAACAUCUUAAGUUUCUCCUUCUCCACAAACAUCCUUUCUUGUUUUCAAUCAUUUCCCCCACGUAACCACAGGCAUCCAGGUCCUGUGCAUUUAGUCUGACUCUGCUGACCUCUUAGCAUUUUCAUCACCCAACAUCUUAAAUAUGAGACUUAGUCUGUUGGCCAUAUUUCUUCUCAUCUGUUUUCCUACCUCACUUUCAAACUUCCAUCUACAGUUAGGUUCAGAAAUGGCUCAAAAAUCACCAGAAUCUUCUUGGAGGGACUCUAACAACCUGUGUUAUUGACCCUCAUGGCCUGUGUGGUGCUUUUGUACAGACUUCCCAAGCUGUGCCUCCCGUGACUUGCACAAUGCUGCAUCGGUCUAGAUGAGCUUCCUCAUAUACACCAACAUCUUCAUUGGCAUCUCUUUCUAUUCACACAUUUCUGAAAUUCUGCUCUGGACAUAUCAUUUUUUGAAGCUUACCUAGAAUAAAUUGAUUCAUAGGAACAAAAUAAUUUAGUAUCUUAUGUGGGGUAAGGUGAAAGGAGAGAUCUUUCUCUAAGAGCACCGCAUGGAGAAGAUGGCAAUGAGAGCUCAGGGACUGCGUCACCUCACUUCAAAGUCAAGUAUCUAAGACCCUAGAGAGAAAGACGCAAAUCAGAAGCUCUUCUUGACCUCUGUUUAAAUAAAGCUAAGUGAUCUGGGCCUGGUAGUACAAUAUAGUAAUUUGAAACAUUUUGGUUUACUUAAGAACCUUGAAACACACACACACACACACACACACACACACACACACACACCAAAAAAAAAAAAAAAAAAACCAAACUAAAAUGAUUCGCGUAGCUAAGAUAAACGCGGACAUAGAGUUGAACCAUUGCUGUGUAUAGUUAGCAAAUGUUCUACCACCUCUCAGUAGCACCACUCUGGUGACCAAGCCUGAAAUACAUGGCUUUGGGCAAUAUUCAACAUCCAAAUCAGAGAAAAAUUGUGUUUCUCAGUGAAAAAGCCAGUCCGAAAGACUACAUAUUCUUCGAUUUCAACUAUAUGACAGACUUUCUGGAAAUGGAGAAACCAUAGAGACUUUAAGAAAAAUAUCAGCAUUUGCUGGAAACUUUUGAAAAAGAAUAAUUCAGGGAUUUUUUGGACAGUGAACUACUUUAUAUGACAGUGUAAUGGUGGAAACAUGACAUUAUGCAUUUGUCAAAACCCAUAGAACUGCACAACACAAACAGUAAGCUAAGUGAAGUAUGGGUUGUAUUUGAUAAUCAUCUAUCAAUACUGGCUUAAUUUUUCUAUAAACAUAAAACUGUUCUAACUUUUAAAAAUAAUAUUAAUAUGAUGAGUUUUAUUUUUUUAAAAACCCAGUAAGAAACCUUCAGAAUUUCUGGUGUAUCUAGAACAAAUGGUAUUCACACAUAAAAACUAAGGUGUGGAGUUCUAUCCACAACUGAAUGUGAUACUUCAUCAAACACUGAAUUUACUCAAAGUUAGAUUAAUGUUAUGAGAGACUUCGUGUAAGAAAAGCGCUAUGUGAUAACAUCCAAUGAGCAGCUGACGUUCACGACAAAUUGUGAAACUGUACGAAGAUGGACCCUAAACACCACUGUCACCACCCCUCCCAGAAAUAUCUAAAUAAGCAUUUAAAUGCCUCUUGCUUUCUCUUCCAGGCCUUGCAAUUGCCAGUGCCCUGAUAGACAUUUCACAGCAGAAGACUUCAGAUAAUAAAGAUAAAACAUCAGGAGUCCGAAAUCGAAAA